AAAAGAGACGGUUUCACCCAAAGUUCAGUAAAAAGAAAAGGGGAAAAGAGGACAUGCUGGCUCAUCAGGGGCACCGUCACAUGACUUUCUCACAGGUGAAGGUUACAUCACCACCAUCUGGAAAUUAUUUUCACAUAGAAAGAAUCUACAUGACGUUCAGUCGGAAAACAAGUGUGGUCAUGUGGCUCUGCCCUGGCCCCCGUCCAGAUCUGAUUCCCUGACUGGUUUCAUCACAUCGUGAAAAAACAAAGUACCUUAAAAGGUUGACGGAGGGAAAGCGAGACGCAGAGAGAGGGAGAAAGUGAUUGAGGAAGGCUGGGGAGGAGAGCAUUUCCCGUAAUCAUCAUGAAGGCGGCGUUGUCCUGCCCUUCCUGCCUUCCCUCGUGUCUCAGACGCAGUCCAGGUGACACGGACAGUGAGCGCGGUGGAUCUGCUCUGUCGUUGCAGGCACAGGGACAUCACUCCGCUUCGUCCAAGCCUCAAACUCUCUGCAGGAUGUCUGAGGGAGACGUUACAGUGCUGCCGUUCGGACCUGCAUCUCUGGACCUGUCCAGACAGGAGCACCGGACGCUGACCAGACUGUACAGCCAGAACGGAGGCUACCACCUGAGGAUUUUACCAGAUGGAACUGUGAGUGGUGGCAGGCAAGAAAAUGACCCUUACGACGUGCUGAGGCUGAAGGCAGUGAGUGCAGGCGUGGUGGUCAUCAAGGGCGAGAUGACGGGAAGGUACCUGGCUAUGAACAAAAAGGGACGCCUCUACGGAUCACAAGCGCUGAACGAUGAGUGUUACUUCCUGGAGAAGUAUGAAGAAAACCACUACAACACGUAUUGCUCUCAGAAGUACAACUGGUACGUCGGGCUGAAGAGGAACGGCCAACCCAAAUCAGGACCAGACACCCACCGGGGUCAGAAGGCCAUCUUUUUCCUGCCAAGGCCUGCAGGCAGCAUGUAAAGCAGCACGGCCACACUCACUGAGGUCUUUAAAUGCACACUGAAAGUGCAAUUUUACACCGGGCAAAGAGUCCCAUUUAAAGGUCACUUAAAAUCAGUAUGACAGAGCGGUAAAGCCUGAGGCAAACGCAUGAGUUCGAGCUCUAUUUUAAUGUUAAUAACUUACAUGCUCUCUUGUGUAUGCAGAGAAUAUGCGAUAAGCAGCUUAUACUGUACAGGACCAUCACAGGUACGUGAGAUAAUGUCCAGCACAUAUACACCCUGUCACUGCAGACAGAAAAGGCCCGUCUUGAUAGAUGGUGUUCACUUUGAACCCCAGCAUGAAAUACCGCUGCUGGAAGACAGCAACGGACCGCUUUUACACAGGAAUAGUUUUACAGUUGAUCACGUCUGGCACAAAGGAAACCAACAAGGAGGAAAAAACAAAAAAGCCGACCAUCUGGCGUCGAGUUCAAACUCAAACGAACAAAGUCCGCAGUGCAGUGGUAACCUAAUCAUUUCAGUGCCUUGCUUAACUGCACUACAGUAAGGUGGACCUUUAAUCUGCUCAAGCCUGUUCAAUGCCCGUUUUAUGUAACCACUUGUAUUCUGUGUGGAAAGUCAACGAUUUCAAAAGCUCAUCUUUUGAGCAGCUUUUGCAGGUCAGCAGCUGAUGCCAUCUUGCUGUUAAAAUGCUGCUCCUAGAAACGGCACCCUUGUUUACGACAGGGUUUGAAAUUGCAACAGUGAAACAUUUGCACCAUUGUAUACUUUUAUUGUGCACUUACGUCAUGUGCAGGUCUUCAAGGCGGAUGUGAAAGCUUUGUUUCAGUAACGUCUUAGCGACACCAAAUGCUCAAGUGGAGAUUAUUUGAGGAAGAAGAGACGGACCAAAUGUUGUCCUGGACCACAGAAGUCACGAAAAGUUUCCUUUCAGUGUGCAAAAGGGCUCGGCUCCAAACUGAUUAAACAGAUUUCUUCCUCUUUUUUAAAACACACGUUACUGUAACAUUAUAGUACGUUAAAUAACUUGUGAAUAUUUAUUUAUAUUAAGAUUUAUUACUACUAAAAUGCAUAAAGGUUAUAAUAAAGGUAAUGUGACCACCUUUUCACAAAGUAAUACAUAUUGUAUUGUAUUUAAAUGUGUGGCAUGAAGUCUGCAUGAUUAUCCAUAAAAAAAUAAAUAGUAUGUUUGAUUUGCUGUAACUGUGAUUACUGUUCGUCCUAAAACACACAUGUGAAUAAAAGUUAAUAACUGUACGUACAUCAUUAAAGGAACAUGUUA